AUGAAAGUCGACCAAGCCGCGGUUCUUGCUCGAGACAUGCAGUUGAAUGCUUCGCUCGACUGCCUCCUAGAACACCCGCGCGGGCCAGGAUCGAGCGCGACGCAAGAAGACCAUGAGUUAAAGGAUAAGGACGUGAAGCAUGCGUACGAUAGUGCUCUAUCGUCCACGUGCACCGUACAAAAAGCACUAACUAGCCGACGAGAAGAGGAGGCCGAGAGCUAUGGUGAUAUUGGCGCAUUUCAUGGCUCUCCGCCCAAACGCAAAGCCGCAAAUACUACCGCCGCCGCCACCACCACCGAAACCACCACGCCGAAAGAAAAACAGUCGAAACUAGCCAAGGAGCACAACAUUUCGGCGCGGGAGGAGCGCGAGAUCAGGGAGGCGUUCGGGCUGUUCGCGGAGCCGGCGGAGGGCGAGAAGGAGGGCGUCAUACCGACUAAGGACGUGCGGCGGGCCAUGGUCGCCCUAGGCCUCCCCCCGAAGAACAAGUCCGAACUCGCCGAGUUCCUCGAGAUCCUGGACCCGGACGACGAGGGGUACGCGUCGUACGAGCCGUUCGUGGCCAUCUGCGCGCUGAAGCUGCACGCAGCGGCGCGGGAGCGGGGCGGCGGCGGGGGGCCGGCGGCGGAGGAGGUGGACGAGGCGUUUAGGUUGUUUAUCGGAGCAGGGAUAGGAGCAGGGGGAGGGGGAGGGGGUGGGGGAGAGGAAGAACAGGUUCUGACGCUGUCGCAUCUCCGCCGCGUGGCCAUGACCCUCAAGCAGGACGUCGACGACCAGCUGCUCAAGGACAUGAUCCUCGAGGCGAACGGGGGCGCGGGGGUGGGGAAGGGCGUGGGCAGGGCCGAGUUCGAGGAGGUUAUGAGGAGGGCGGGGGCGUGGAAGUGA